AUGGCCCGUGAUGGUAGUAGUGUUAUCGUUGGAGCUCCCGCCAGUUCUGGCGAUUUGUUUACUGGCGAAGCUUACGUUUUCGAUCUCGUGAAUGACUUCUUCUAUUCUGUCGUUGGGCGGUCGCUAGAGGGAGAGGGUAACGGUGAUGGGUUUGGAGAAGCAGUGGCCAUGAACAGCGCGGGAGACAUUUUUGCUGUAGGAGGUCCCAACAAUGAUGGAGUCAAUGGUCUCUCAACUGGGAGUGUGCGGGUCUUUCAGCGAACUUCCCUUGGUGCAGGUUUUGUGCAAUUGGGAGAGGAUAUCGACGGUGAAGGCAUACUCGAUUCUUUUGGCUUUGCCAUAGCCCUUUCGGCUGAUGGCUACAAAAUCGUUAUUGGGGCCCUUUUUCACGAUGGUGCCACAGGUGUGGAUAGUGGUCAUGCAAUGAUCUUUCAAUACGAUUUCACUCUAGGCGACUGGGCCCCCCAGCAGAUCAGUAGGAGUAUUGGAACUGAGCUAGAAGGAGAAGUGGCAGGAGACAACUAUGGGUACCAGGUUGCCAUUUCUGACGCUGGAGAUCGAAUAGUUGUCAGCGCUCGCCGCAAUGGCAAUGUCGCCACGUUCAAUGGGGCAGCUUAUGUUUAUGGCCAGACCGAGUUCCCUACUUUCUCACCAAUCACCAAUCCCUUGCCAGAGGUCAGCGAUCUCUCCCUGUCUUCAACCUCUGCAGGUUUUGCCAGUCGCUUAGCUGCCCUGUGGCAAUCAAUCACUGAAAGAACCUCGGACUGCAUUGAAACAUACUUGGUGGUUGAAACACACCACGAACUUUACAACCCAGACCUAUUCCACUAA